CCCAGUGGAUGUACAACCCUGGAUGCAGCCUCACCUCCCAUCACACAACCUCCCAGCAUCCUUUCAGACUGGGCAGACACUCUGAGAGGCAGAGGAAGAGGAGGAACAGGAGGACUGAUACUGAGGAGAAGAUUAAUUAAGAAACACAAGGAAGACAGGCCUUCUCUGCACAGCAGGUCAGCUGCUGAGUCUCGGCUGUAGCGGUCGUGUAUGAUGCGCUUGGCUGAAGAUCAGAAAUCACCAGAAGAAGAAAUGAGUUUCGGGGCAGCGUGCAUUUUCUUGCGAGGAGGGAAAAAUAUUGCAAGAGGGCUGGCGGAUGAUGAGAUUGAAGAGCUGCGUGAUGCAUUCAAUGAGUUUGAUAAAGACAAGGAUGGGCUGAUCAGCUGCAAGGACCUGGGCAAUCUGAUGAGGACGAUGGGCUACAUGCCCACGGAGAUGGAGCUGAUCGAGCUGAGCCAAAACAUCAACAUGAACCUCGGUGGCAGAGUGGACUUUGAGGACUUUGUGGAUCUGAUGGCCCCGAAGCUUCUUGCAGAAACGGCGGGGAUGAUCGGCGUGAAGGAGCUCAAAGACGCCUUCAAAGAGUUCGACAUGGACGGAGACGGAGAGAUCACAACGGAGGAGCUGCGAUCGGCCAUGACCAAGCUGAUGGGAGAGCACAUGAGCCGGAGGGAGAUAGACACCAUAGUGAAAGAAGCAGACGACAACGGAGACGGCACGGUAGACUUCGAAGAAUUCGUCAGAAUGAUGUCCAACAAAUGAUCGAGGAAGUACCUUUGCACCUCUACGGACUGAUAUUGAUGCCGUCUUUCUAUAAAGCUGUUUGACCAAUGAACUUGUAUACAGUAUAUUAAGAACAAACACAUAGUAACGUUGAAAUUCAAAUGAAGUGCUGCGAAGAAAAGUCAAGCAAUGUCAAGUUGUUCUCAGAGAGAAUUUUACAUCUAUGCAAAGACUGAUUGAUAUUUUUUAUGAUCACUGAAACGAAUGUGUAAAAGGAUGGAACUAUAUUGUUUUGUUUGAUUGAUUUGAUUUAUUUUAUAUACAGAAAGUAAUUUUGGAUUGUUUUGUUGAAUUGGUAUGAAUUUUUUGAAAUGUACUUAUUGCUAAUAGAACAUAUUUAUUCUUUAUUGAGUUAUUGUGACAGUAUUUAUAUCACUGAAACAAUGUUAUAAUGCACAAUUAGACAUUACGUUAUCAAGCAUUUAGUAAGAGUUAAAGUACUACCGUGUAUAUGUACAUAAACAGUAUUUAGCCUGGAUUUGUUGUUAUGUGUUGGACUACAACAAGUUAAAUCCUGCUAACAGGUAUUUUCCAGAUAUCUAAAUAAAAGAUCUAAGUAUGUAAACUUUGAAA